GAUAAAAGUGCAAACUAAAGAAGAAAUGAGCUUUAUGGCAAGGCAUUUGACAAGAAUCAUUUGAAGCAUAUAAAGCUGAUGAAAAUGGUGGGAUGAAAAAAAUGAUUCCUUGGUUAACAAAACUUAAGCAACCUUAACACUGUUUUAUAAGAAUAUUAGUCCUUAUUAUAUGGAUAUGGAAAAUAUUAAUCCUGAUAAUGAUGGGUAAUUUUUAUUUUUAUUUUUUUUUAUAUUUAGUGAAAAUGCUGAUUGAGUUAUUUGGCUGAAUGUAAACAGGCUAGGGUUCCUUAUUGAUUUUCUGUCAAAAGCAACUCUUCUAGGAUUCAUGGCUGGUGCAGCAGUGAUAGUUUCAUUGCAACAGUUGAAAGGGUUACUUGGGAUUGUCCACUUCACAAACCAGAUGCAAAUAAUUCCAGUGUUAACCUCUGUUUUCCAUCACAAAGAUGAGUGGUCUUGGCAAACCAUUGUCAUGGGUGUGUCCUUUUUGAUCCUCCUAAUGACAGCAAGGCAAAUUGGCAUCUGGAAACCAAAACUCUUUUGGGUUUCAGCAGCUGCCCCGCUCUUAUCAGUUAUUAUCUCGACAGCUAUAGUUGCACUCCUCAAGGAGAAGGCUAGUGUGUUCCAAACUAUUGGACACCUGCCAAAGGGUCUAAAUCCACCUUCAGUAAGCAUGCUGUACUUUCAUGGCCCAUAUGUGAGUCAUGCAAUCAAGACAGGCAUUAUAGCAGGAAUCUUAUCUCUCACGGAAGGAAUUGCAGUAGGAAGGACAUUUUCUACUUUGAAGAACUAUCAAAUUGAUGGUAACAAAGAAAUGAUGGCUAUUGGGCUGAUGAAUAUGGCUGGUUGUUGUGCUUCAUGCUAUGUAACAACAGGAUCAUUUUCACGAUCUGCAGUAAAUAACAAUGCUGGAGGACAGACUGCAGCCUCAAAUAUAGUAAUGGCGACAGCUGUGCUAAUCACUCUCCUGUUUCUCAUGCCCUUGUUCUAUUACACACCUAACCUAAUCUUGGCAGCGAUUAUAAUCACAGCUGUGAUUGGGCUUAUAGAUUAUAAGGCUGCUUUGAGGCUGUGGAAAGUUGACAAACUUGAUUUCUUCGCCUGUAUGUGUUCUUUUUUUGGUGUUCUUUUCAUCUCAGUGCCUAUUGGCCUUGGCAUUGCAGUUAGUGUUUCAAUCCUCAAGAUCCUCCUGCAUGUAACUAGACCAAAUACACAUGUUCUGGGAAAUAUUCCUGGAACUCAAGUAUAUGAAAGCAUAGGAAGGUAUAGAACAGCUACUAGGAUCCCCACUUUCCUUGUUUUAUCAGUGGAAUCACCUAUCUAUUUUGCAAAUUCCACCUACGUCCAGGAAAGGGUACUAAGAUGGAUUCGUGAAGAGGAAGAAAGGAUCACAGCCAACAAAGAAAGUGCUAUAAAGUGUGUUAUACUCGACAUGACAGCUGUGACAGCCAUAGACACAAGUGGUAUUGAUACAAUUAAUGAAUUGAAGAAAGCAUUGGAAAGAAAGUCUCUUAAGCUUGUGCUGACAAGUCCUGUUGGAAGUGUUGCUGAAAAGAUGCACAAGUCUGGCACUUUGGAGGCUUUUGAAUCAAAUGGAUUUUAUAUGACAAUUGCAGAAGCAGUCACAGACAUCUCCACUUCACAUAUUCCUGAACCUUAAUGUUCAAUUGUUUUCUUGAGGGGAAAAUGAUUGAUCUAAGUGCUGUUGAGUUGCAUUAGUUUUGAAAAGAAGGAUUUUCAAGACCUUAGGAGUUUAGGAAAAUAAACUGAGAAACACUGUUUUGUGUUUGUUUAUCCUAAGCUCUUCUAAGAUGAUGCUACAUGUGCUUCGAUGAUUUAACAUUAAUCAAAGUUCCCUAUUCCCAUCA